AUGGAAGAGCAGAAUCUGAAUCAAGGGGCGGCGACUCCUGGAAGCCAUGAAACCUCAUAUAUCCCUACUCAACCAUAUUGCUCUGGCCUCGAGACUGUCUGGACGGGAAUCUCGAACUCAUUGGAUUACAACCUGCUUCGAAACUUCGAGGCACCAACAUCUCACGAUUUCCCCAGCGGCUACUUAGCCUGUGAUGAAUUCUUUAAAUCACUCGGGCAAGAAAGCUUCCGUUCCGCUUUCAGGCUGAUGGAAUGGCAGUAUGAUCAACGCAGAGAGGCCCAAAUGAUUCUCCCAUUCCUUUACAUUGGACCGACAUCUUCAGCACGAGACCUUGAUUUUGUGAAACGAGAAGGAAUAACGUAUCUUCUAGGAAUUAGAGGCCCACUCCCUUACCACGCUCGCAUCGUCGAUGCAGAUAAAUGUGCUGCCAUGCAUGGCAUUGAAUCUGGCAAUGUCAUCGUCGUGGAUGACCAAGAUCUUAUUAAAUCCCUGCCUGAUAUCAUUCGAGGAAUCAACGAACAUAUAUGCUGCUGUCCAGCUCACCACACAGGUGCAACCACCGCUUCUGGGAAUGAUAUCAGAAGCAAACCAUGGAAAAAAGUCUUGAUUUUCUGCGAGACGGGGAACGAGCGUUCAGCAGCUGUCGCUAUCGCCUAUUUGAUGGCAAUCCUCAAUUACGAUGUUCAAACUGCCUUCAUCAAUGUCCAGGGUCGAAGACUCUGCUGCAAUCUCCCCAGAAUCUUUGAAACGCGUGCUUCAAACGUUUGGGAUCCAUCCUCGCCGCGAGGAGAGACGUCAUGA